GGGCAGCAUCACCUACAGUCCCCCCAGGGCUGCGGGGGCCUGGGCAGCAUGGUGCCAUCUGGCCAGGCGGUGGAGAAGCCGGCGAGCCCGGAGCCGGAGCCGCAGUCCUGGCGGUGCCUGGUGUUCUUCCUCUGCUUCUACGGCUUCUUGGUGCAGAUGCGGCCUGGCGAGAGCUUCAUCACACCUUACCUCCUGGGCCCCAGCAAGAACUUCACGCAGAAGCAGGUCACCAACGAGAUCCUGCCGGUGCUGUCCUACUCGUACCUGGCGGUGCUGGUGCCUCUUCCUGUGCUGCUCCUGCAGGGCCUCAGCUACGUGUCGGUGUGGCUGCUGCUGCUGCUGGGCCGCUCCGUGGGGCACAUGCAGCUCAUGGAGGUCUUCUACAGCGUCACGAUGGCCGCCCGCAUCGCCUACUCCUCCUACGUCUUCUCGCUGGUGCGCCCCGCCCGCUACCAGCGCGUGGCCGGCUACUCGCGGGCGGCGGUGCUGCUGGGGGUGUUCACCAGCUCGGUGCUGGGCCAGCUGCUGGUCACCGUGGGCCGGCUGUCCUUCACCACGCUCAACUACAUCUCCCUGGCCUUCCUCGUCUUCAGCCUGCUCCUCACUUUCUUCCUGAAGCGCCCCAAGCGCAGCCUCUUCUUCAACCGCCGCGAGCCCCACGGUGACAGGUUCUCGCCCUCCGAGGUGGCCCAGAUGCACCCGGGCCCCGGCGCGCCGCGGGCGGCCUGGCAGGACUGGGUCCUGGUGCGCAUGCUCCGGGAGCUGGCGCACAGCCUGCGGCUGCCGCAGCUGCGCCUCUGGUCCCUCUGGUGGGUCUUCAACUCGGCGGGCUACUACCUGGUCGUCUACUACGUGCACAUCCUGUGGAACGCGGUCAACCCCACCACCGACACCACCAAGGUCUACAACGGCGGGGCGGACGCCGCGUCCACCCUGCUCGGUGCCAUCGCCUCCUUUGCCGCAGGCUUUGUGAAGCUACGCUGGGCCCUGUGGGCGAAGCUGGUCAUCGGGGUGGUGACGGCGGCGCAGGCGGGGCUGGUUUUCCUCAUGUACAGCACAGACAGCAUCUGGCUGUGCUACGCGGUCUUCAUCCUCUUCCGCGGCUUCUACCAGUUCCUGGUGCCCAUCGCCACUUUCCAGAUUGCGUCUUCUCUCUCUAAAGAGCUCUGUGCCCUGGUCUUCGGGGUCAACACGUUCCUUGCCACUGUCCUGAAGACCGCCAUCACCCUCGUGGUUUCCGACAAGCGGGGCCUGGGCCUCUCGGUGCACUCACAGGUGAGUCCCGUGUCGGGCGAUUUCCAGGGAGGGCGGCGUCUGGACCAGGGCCUCCGGGUGCCCGCCCGACCAGCAGCGUCACCCUCUGUGGGGCCCAGAGCACAGACCUACCGAGGGCGGGGGCCACGCACGGGGGGCCGGGCGUCUCCGGCCCGAUACACUGGACCCACCGAGCACAGGAGAGGAAACGAGGCCCCGAGCAGGGACGGGAGGCUCAGCGGGCACGGUUCCGGGGAGCCGCGAUGGCCACCACCGUGCUGGCCGGCACUGCUCCUUCGGGGCCCAGAUCUGCGCAGGGUGUGCCCGACCCCAGUGGGAACCGUGUGGCCUCCACAUGUGGCCAGGUCCCCUUUGGAGGAGGCCUCUGGCUCCAGGCCUUCCACGGAUCUGGACUCAGCCGUCCACCUGGCCCGGGAGGGGCCCCGGUUGUCCCUGCUGGGCAGCGGGGCUUCCAAGGGGCCCGCGGCUGGGAGGGAAGGGCUUGCAGCACCUCGCCCAGGGGCUGGGCCUCCCUCGCAUGUCCUGGCCCCAGCCCCUCCCAUGUGGCGACUCCACGUCGGGUGCAUUGAGAACACGCGUCGGUUUUCUCCGGCUGGUUUUAUUUCUGAGUCAAAGCGUAACUCCAGAAGUUUACGGACCUGACACGGGGUCCAGAACAGGCCUCCAGCUCCCCGUCCCUUCUCCUGUCGGGAGCUCCGUGCGUCCCUUUCACUCCAUCCUGCGUGGUGACAGCGGGGACAGGUGUUCAGUCUCAGCGCGGGCAGAGCAUAGCGGCCGGUGGCCGGGAGCUGGCCUGGGUGUGCUUGUUUCUUCGAGUAAGCUUUUCCUUUUCGGGUAACUGCUCACUCACAUGCGGUGAGAGGCCGUAGCGAUCCACACAGCCCGUUCCCGGUUCCCCACGCGCGUCCUGCAGUUCUCCGGUGCAGUGUCGUUGCCGGGAUGUUGACCUUAUAAGGUCAAGAGAUAGAAGGCUCCCUCCCCCCAGGGCCCCUCGGCCUGCCCCCUCGCAGCCGCGCUACCUGACCGCCACCCCGUCCCCUCCCCAGCUCCGGGCAGCCACGGUCUGCCCUCCGCCUCUCUAACCUUUCACGUCUAGUGUGCCCCUUAGAUGGGAUGCUGCAGUACAUAAACUUUGGGGCCUGGCUUUUUCUACCCAGCCUGGUUCCAGCGAGAUCUGCCCAGGUCCUCGCGUGUGUCACCAGGUCACCUCUGCUCAGUGCUACGUGCUGUUCCAUGUGGGCGGGCCGCAGCUGGCUUACACUCACCGCGGAGGGCCCUGGGGUGUGCCCAGUGCUCGGUGGUUACGGAUAAACCUGCUGUAAAGUUUGUUGAUAGGUUUUGUGUGAAUGUAGGUUUUCAUAUCUCUGGAUAAAUGUCCAAAAGUGUAGCUGCCGAGUCACGUGGCAGGUGCGUGCUUCUUAAGAAGCUGUCGACCUGUUUUUCGCAGCACUGUACCAUUUUACGUUCCCGCCAGCCGCGGGCGAGAGACCCGGUGCCUCCAGGCCCUCGCCGGCUUCUGGUGGCGUUUUUUAGCCAUUCUGGUAGGUGUGCGGUGAUGGCGCAUUGUGGUUUUAAUUUGCAUUCCCCUGAUGGAAGGUGAUGUUUCUCUCCACGCGCUCAUUUGCCAUCUGUAUAUCCUCUUUGGUGAAAUGUUCCUACACCGUUUUUUUAGCAUGCCUUUUAUUUCUGUUUCUGGCCUUGUGUGGCGCUGGCUAGAACUCUGUCUUCACCGUCUUUUUCCUUCUGCCGUGGGCUUAUUUUGCUCGUCGUCUUCCGGGCUCGAGACGGGAGCCGAGAUUAACAGUGUCGCGUGUGGUGCUGUACGCUUCCCCGUCAGCACUGCUUUAGCUGCAUCCCGCAGAUUUUGACAUGUUGUAUUUUCAUUUUCAUUCAUUUCUUUGUAUUUUUUGAAAUCUCUGGAAGCUUUCUCUUUGACCAUGACUUUUUCGAGGUGUGUUUCGUUUGCAAGCGUCUUGGUAUUGUCCGGUUAUCCUUGUUAGUGAUUCUAUUCUGAUUCUGUUUUGUGAUUAGAGGACGCAGCCUUAUGUUAUAAAUCGUUUUAAGUUUGCCGAGGUUUGCUAUGGCCCAGGGUGUGGUCUGUCUGGUUAGAUGUUCCAGGGACACUUGUCGGGCGCGGUCGUCCGUCAGUGCUGACUCGUUCCUGUCGCUCGUUUCUUCUCCGUUGUGGGUUUUCCGUCCGGUUCUGGUGUCGAGAGAGGGGUGUUGGCGUCUCCACUAUAACUGUGGAUUUGUCUGUUUCUUCUCUCAGUUCUCUCACAUUUUGCGUCAUCUUUACAGCUCUUUAGUUCGUUGCAUACAGAUUUGGAAUCGCUGUGUGUCUUGGGAGGUUGAGCCUUUUAUUAGCAUGUAAUGUUCUUCUCUGUCUCUGGUCAUUUUAUCUCCAAAUUCUCCUUUACUUGAUAUUAAUAUGGCCACUGCUGCUUUCCUGUGAUUAAUGUUCAAAUGAUAGAGCCUUCACCAUCUUUUUGCUUUAACUUGAUUGUACUAUUAUGUUUGAAGUGAGUUUCUCGUAGGCAGCAUAUAGUCAUAUUAUUUUUUUAAUUAAAAAUUUUUAAAUUAUUUUAAUUACUUUCAAGUAUACAGUCCGUUGGUUAGACAUCUGCAUAGUUCAUAAGACGAUCCCAAUCGCUCCCUCCCUCCGCUGGCCCUUCACCCGGCCGACAUGCUAAUGCCGACUGCAUUCCCUGUGCCCUGCUCCCCGUCCCCAUGACCACCCGUCAGCUACUAAUUUGUGCCUCUUCAACCCUUCACCCCACUCUCUCAGCCCCCCCAACACCUCCUCUGUCCGUCACCAAAAUGUCCACCAUAUUCGUGAGUCUGUUUUGAUUAGUUUGUUCUUUUCGUUCCUCAGAUUCCGCAUAUAAGUGAAAUCAUAUAGGGUUUACCUUUCUCUGUCUGACUUAAGUACCUUCUAGGUCCAUCAAGGCAACAUCUUUUUCCACCCUCUUCCUUUUAGUCUGUGUGUGUCUUCAUCUGAAGUGAGUCUCUCGUGGGCAGCACGUAGGGGUCUUUUUUUCGUAUCCAUUCAGCCACUCUCUCUUUCGGUUGGAGCACUUAAUUCUUUUCCAUUUGAGGUACUU